AUGGACCGCGUCCGGCCUGGCGCGCCCGGCCCGGUGCCCCCGAGGCGUCGGCCCGUCGUGGCGGCACCCCAGGACCCGUCCGAGUGGGCGGCGCACCGCCAGGCCCGGAUCGCGGCUGCCCACAAGAAGCGGGAGGAGUACAGGAACGAGCUGACCGAGGAGCACACCUUCCAGCCCCGGCGCAUCGCCAGGGCCAAGCGCGCGAGCCACAGCCAGCCGCCCCCCUCGGGCGGCGCCGGCAGCCCGGCCCCCCCCGCGCGGAGCGCCCCGGACGUCCGAUCGGUCACGGCGUCCUCGGCCGCCGCGCAGCCGGACGCCGCCGGCGUGGCGCGCUCGCCGGGCAGCGCCCACGCUGCCCCGAAGGGCUCCUCCGCGCGGCCCUCGCGCCUGCU